AUGGCGCGAGCCACGAGCCCGUCAACUCCGCCGACCCCGUCCGACGACCGGACCGUCGUGGCAACAGUCCUCGACGACGACGACGAUAACGAUGCAUCCUCCACCAUCAGCCGCUUCAGCUCGCGAUCAUCCUUCGACUCCGAAAGACCCUCCUCCUGGCGCAAGCGCCCAAGCCGCCGUGCGGCCAGCACCCUGCGAGCCAUCUCCUUCGUCGCCGCUCUAAUCUCCGCCCUCUGCGCCGGCUCCAUCACCGUCUUUUCCAUGUACGGCCACAUCUUCCAAGAGCGUCUGCAUUACACCCAGUUCCAGGUCAACGGGCUCGCCAUCGGCAGCUCCAUCGCUCUCUACCUACCCGUCUCGUUUCUCGGCUACAUCUGCGACCGCGUCGGCACACCACCCCUCUCCCUACUGGCCGCUAUACUGUUCGGCGGCGGCUAUGCCUUGGCUGCCGGCACAUACCGGAAGCUCGAGGCCGAGAACCUGGGAGGCCUGCGCGACUAUGCCGGCAACCGCAUCGCCGGUGGUGCCGACUGGACCUAUCCCCUGAUGAUCUUCGCGUUUGUCUGCGUCGGCGUCGGUACCUGUUCCAUGUACCUGGCCGCCGUCGCGACGUGCGCAAAGAACUUUGGUAAGGGGAAGCAUCGCGGUCUGGCUCUUGCCGUGCCCAUCGCCGCCUUUGGAUUGAGUGGCAUGUGGCUAAGCCAGCUUGGCAGCCAUGUAUUUUACGAGCGCCUGCCGGACGGCACGGCUGGAGACCUGGAUGUUUUCCACUUCUUCGUCUUUCUGGCCAUUCUUCUGCUAGUCGUCGGAGUCGUCGGGGCCUUCACUCUGAAGGUUGUCGACGAGGAGGACAUUUUUGAGGAAGCCGCCGAGGAGCUCGAGCGGAGCGGUCUUCUGGAGCGAAGCACUUCAUUUCUCAGCGCGCGCGAGCUUGAACGUAGCAGAGGCUACGGUGCAAUUGGACAAAUCGAUGACGACCCAGAAGAUGGCGGCGUUCUUGGGCCAGCCGAAGACGACGCCAAACUUAGGAAGAAGAUGGUGCUCAAUGCCGAAACGAGAAGCUUUCUGGCCGACAAGACCAUGUGGUGCUUCGCUCUCGGCUUCCUGCUAAUGAUCGGCCCCGGUGAGGCAUUCAUCAACAAUCUGGGCACGGUCAUCGGGACCCUGUAUCCGCCCACCAUGCGCUACGUCGGACCUCCGACGUCGGCCGCGACGCAUGUCUCCAUUGUUGGCAUUACGAGCACGGUUGCCCGUCUGGCCACCGGGACCCUGACCGACCUGCUGGCACCCUCGCCACAGACGCAGCACCUGCAGGUUUCGUCGUCGCCGCCAUUCCUCCGCGGGAGGCCAGCCAUCUCCCGCGUCGCAUUUCUCCUGUUCUUCGCCAUGGUGCUAUCCCUCGGCCUGGUCGCCCUGGCUUCCGGCCUCAUCCAGGAGCACGGCGAGCGCUUCUGGAUCGUUUCCGGCCUGAUCGGCUCCGGUUACGGAGCCGUCUUCAGUCUGACGCCCAUCAUCAUCACAGUCAUCUGGGGCGUCGAGAACUUUGCGACCAAUUGGGGCAUCGUCGCCAUGUUCCCCGCCCUCGGGUCGACGUUUUGGGGCCUGGUCUACUCGGCCGUGUACCAGUCCGGCGCCGAGAACUCGCCUCAGCGCGACGGCGGCGGGGACGUCUUCUGCUACGGCCAGCAGUGCUACGCGCCGACUUUCUGGGCCAUGGCCAUCACCGUCUGGGUGGCGUGUGGCAUGAUCCUCUUUGCCUGGAAGGGCAAAGGCGGAUGGGCGCAGCGGGGCAUCAUCAUUUAA